AUAUGUAAAUUUGUUGUUGGGGAUUUUAUCGCUUUAGUUCCAGGCUCCAGUAUAAGAUAAGCAGCAGAGAUUCGAACCGGGUCAUUGUUUAUUUAUGAAUUGGACAGUGGAGAAGGAUUUUUAAAAAAUGUCUAAAAGCGGAACAGUUUAUAUUGUAGAGCUACAAAAGUCGCAGAAAGUUGCCCAAAUUUUAGACGUUGUCGCAAUUGGGUUUGCUGAAUUCUUCGGAACGGCUAUUCUCGUUUUUAUUUCGUGUUUAGGUGCUAGCAAAUGGAUCGUCGGUGCUGAUUUGAUUUUAUUUCAUUCUUGUUUCGCUGCUGGACUCGCUGUUACAACAGCUAUUCACAUUUUUGGUCCAAUUUCCGGUGCUCACGUAAACCCAGUAACAACAGUUGGCGCUUUUAUUAUGAACCAAAUCCCGCUUUAUAUGGUUCCUAUUUAUAUUAUUCCACAAUUAGCUGGAAGCACUGUAGGAUAUGGGUUAUUAAUGGUUGUUACACCGGAAGCUUUUUUACGAGCACCAGAAGAUCCAAAUUUUAAAGACCUUCCAAGACAUGGAAUUGGGAUGAAUAUCCCUUCAACGGAUAUUUACCCUUCUCAAGCUUUAGCUAUGGAGAUGUUUAUCACAAUCAUCUUAACAUUCGCAAAUUGUUCAAGUUGGGACCCAAGAGCAAAACAUUUAGUUGAUUCAGUUUCUAUUAGAUUUGGAUUAAUCGUUGCUGGGAUAAAUUUAGCCGCUGCUUCAUACACAGGAGCAAGUAUGAAUCCAGCUCGAAGUUUUGGACCAGCUUUAUGGAACAACGAUUGGCAUUUACAUUGGAUUUAUUGGGUUGGACCUUUAACAUCGGCCGUUGUAGGUUCUUUAAUUUAUAAGUAUUUAUUUUUAAACAUUUACUCCAAAAAGUACAUCGAAACUCCUGUUCAAACACAUUUAGAGUUGUAAUUUAACUAUUAAAAAUAUUAAAUAAUUAA